ACCAAAGUGACGUGGAACGAAAAAGACGAAGCGACACGAAGCCGAGGCAGCACGUCAGAUUCACAUUCAGAUUCAGAUUCCACUUCGCCUGCUCACAUUUUCCAGGUCAGUCGGUGCAGAAAAAGAGAAACAGCACAAAAUGCCCGCUCCAGCAAGUUCGACGGCCGUGGGCAGCGGAUCGCGCUCGCCCAGCAAAUUAUCGGCGCCACGUAGCGCCGGAUCCGGAGGCGGCAGCACCCUUAAGCAGCGCAAGACCACCAGCAGCACCACGGCGGCAAGGAGUCGUGCUCCCGGCGGAGCCGGAACUGGUGGCAUGUGGCGCUUCUACACCGACGACUCUCCCGGAAUCAAGGUCGGACCCGUGCCCGUGCUGGUCAUGUCGCUGCUCUUCAUCGCUUCCGUUUUCAUGCUGCACAUCUGGGGCAAAUACAAUCGUUCUUAAGCCAUUCAAUUCGUAGCCAAUAAAAUACUUUCACCUCAACGAACGUGAACACUGUCGACGUCAUCAUUUCUUUCGCGAUGUGAUAACACGAGAUCCAUUCCGCUUGUUGAGGCAUUGGUGUGUUUUCCACAUGAAAUUAAUUAUACCUAAGCUUAAGUUAACGACCUGUUUAAACGUAAUGCAUAUUUUCAAAAUUAAAUCGUCACUUCCCAA